CGUCUCGAGUCUGGCAAAGGCAAGUCCAAUUACAGGCUGAAACCUCCCAGAUCAAGGGUCGGCCCAGCCCCAGGAGACACCUUGCUCAGGUCUGUUUGGACCUCAGAGGUUCCUCUUUCUCCCCUGCCCAGGUGCCCGCAGGACCCAGUGGCAGGGCAGCUGCUCUCCGACCUCUUUACCAACAGAAAGGAGAACAUUACUCUCAAGUUGUCCGAAGACUGUCUUUACCUGAAUAUCUACACUCCUGCUGACUUGACCAAGAAAAGCAGGCUGCCGGUUUUAUCUCCCCUGGCCAAGAACCUCUUCCACCGGGCCAUUUCUCAGAGUGGUGUGGCCCUCACUUCUGCUCUGCUCAAGAAGGACAACAUCAAGCCCCUGGCGGAGAAAGUUGCCAUCACUGCUGGGUGUAAAACCACCACCUCGGCUGUCAUGGUUCACUGCCUGCGCCAGAAGACAGAGGAGGAGCUCUUGGAGACCACCCUAAAAAUGCAUGAACUGUGCAUGAAUCAUGUCUUCUCAGAUGCCGGAGCCCCCACCUACAUGUAUGAGUUUGGGUAUCGCCCAAGCUUCUCGUCAGACAUGAAACCCAAGACGGUGAGAGGGGACCACGGGGAUGAGCUCUUCUCUGUCUUCGGAGCCCCAUUUUUAAAAGGUAAUGGAGGAACAGAGGACCCUGUCAAAAAGAAAGACCUGUUCCUGGACUUGAUUGGAGAUGUCAUAUUUGGUGUCCGAUCUGUGACCGUGGCCCGACGCCACAGAGGUGAGUCCCAGAGGUUGGACUGCAAAGGGACAUCGGCCCCACCAGCCCCGAGUCACCCCUUCAUGCCCAUGGUGGUGGAUGGCGUGCUGCUGCCCAAAACCCCUGAAGAGAUUCUGGCCGAGAAGAGUUUCAACACCGUCCCCUACAUCGUCGGCAUCAACAAGCAAGAGUUUGGCUGGAUCAUCCCAAUGGUGAGCACGUGCAGCCUCUUAGACUCUCUGCUCUCCCCGUCAGCCCUCCCAGGUCUGGCCACAGGCGUCCGUCCUUCUCCAAGGCCCGAUCUGAGUCCAGGACAUCUGUCCCCUCCCUCACAAGUUGUCAUUUCCAUGGAAACCUUCUCUGGGAUGGCCCAGCUGUGA